AUGGCGAUGGAAGUUGCGAUUCCGCUCCACUACCAGAAAAAUGUCAACGAGACCAUCUGCACCUACCGACAGCUAGGCAAAAGCGGGCUCAAGGUCUCCGUCCCCAUCCUGGGGUGCAUGGGAUUUGGCCGGAAGGACUGGGUGUGGGACUGGGUGCUGGAGGAGGAGGAGUCGAUGAAGAUGCUCAAGGCCGCUUGGGACCGAGGCAUCAAUACCUGGGACACGGCCAAUGUGUUUUCGAACGGGGACAGCGAGAGAAUCAUCGGCAAGGCGCUAAAGAAGUACGAGAUUCCGCGGCAUAAAGUGGUGAUCAUCACCAAAGUGUUCUGUACAGUGGGAGAGCAUGCCGACAAUGCCAUGGCGUAUGCAGGGCCUCUGAGAGGGACGAAGGAAUACGUCAAUCAGUCUGGUUCGCUCUCCCUCUUCCCCUGGGCAAGGCAAAAUGCGCUAAUUGGUUAUAUGCUAGGUCUUUCUCGCCAAUCUAUCCUUCGAAACGUCCAGGCUAGUCUCGACCGCCUGCAGACGGACUAUAUCGACGUUCUGAUGAUCCACCGCGCCGACGACAGAGUCCCAUACGAGGAGACAAUGGAAGCCCUCAACGACCUCGUGCGAGCGGGCAAAGUGCGCUACCUCGGGGCCAGCUCCAUGUGGACCUACCAGUUUGCCCAGAUGCAGUUCUGCGCGGAGCGCCACGGCUGGACCAAGUUCAUCUGCAUGGAGAACCACUACAGUCUGCUCUAUCGUGAAGAGGAGCGCGAGAUGAACAAAUUCUGCAACCAGACCGGGGUGGGGAUCAUCCCCUGGGCCCCUCUGUGCCGGGGGUUCCUGGCCCGUCGAUUGCAGCAUAGUCUGUCUGGCACCACGGGAAGAGCGCAGGACGAGCUGGUGAAUGGGUCGCGGUAUAUCGGUGUGCGCGAGGACCCCGAUUACGAGAUUAUCCGCCGGGUAGAGGAGCUGGCCGAUCGGAAGGGCUGGACGAUGGUCGAUGUAGCGCUGGCCUGGCUGAACAAGCGGGUGACCAGUCCGGUGGUGGGCAUGCGGUUGGAGAGCAUGCUCGACGAGGUGGCUGCGGCCUGUAAGAAGACUUUGACCGCGGAAGAGGAGAAGUAUCUGGAGGAAUUGUACCAGCCCAGGGCGACUUCAGGGCAUGCCUAG